UGCCACAAUGCUGAUGAUACCUCUGCUGGUGUUGCUGAGCCUGUUGGAUCCCGUUAGUCCCCGGGCCCGCUGCGCCCCUGGCCAGGCUUGCGACCCCCGGCAGCGGAGGGACGCCGGGGGCCGCGGAGGAGUGUAUGAGCACCUCGGAGGAGCGCCGAGACGUAGGAAACUCUACUGCGCUACUAAAUAUCAUUUACAAAUCCAUCCUAAUGGGAAAAUAGAUGGCUCACUGGAGGAAAACAACCCAUUAAGCAUCAUGGAGAUCACAGCAGUAGAUGUGGGUGUCGUUGCCAUUAAAGGGCUUUUCUCUGGCAGAUAUCUGGCAAUGAAUGACAAAGGCCGGCUGUAUGCCUCGGAAGUGUUCAACAAAGAGUGUGAGUUUGUGGAGCGGAUCCACGAACUUGGGUACAACACUUACGCGUCCCGCCACCACUCCACUGAACAGCCACUGCCACCGCAAGGGGGUGGCAGUGGCAACAAGCGACGAGCCAGCGCCAAACGGCAGUGGUACGUUUCCAUUAAUGGUAAAGGCCGGCCACGGCGGGGCUUUAAAACCCGAAGCACGGACAAAGCCUCGCUGUUCCUGCCUCGGGUGCUGGGCAAUAAGGACCAUGAGAUGGUGAGACGGCUGAGAGACAGUGAGAGUGCACACCACCACGUGCAACACCACGGCAGCCGUGGCGAACGCAGAAGACGCCGGCAUCGUGCCAGAAAAGGAACAGUGCCGGAUGACUGAGCAGACUUUUA